AUGGUCACUGGAACAAACGCAAGGGGCGACAAGCGCGGCACCUCGCCCAAGCCUGACGAUGCUCACCCGGCCAAGAUCGAGUUCCAGAAUUCGAAGAACAGCAUGAUCAAGGUCGGUGGUGGCAAGGACGUUGCAAAGGCGAUUGGCGCUGCGGGCACCAAUGUUCAGACUGGCUGGGUGGACAAAGUGAAGGUCUACUUUGGUGGGUCUAAGGCCAAGGUCGACGCGAUCAAGAAGUCCGUGGACAAAAACAAGAAGAAGGAGAAAAAGAAGGCUCGCAAAAAAGCCAAAGCAGCCGGAGAGGAAUUGUCAGCAAGUGAAGAAGAGGAGGACGAAUCUGAUGAAGCUGACGAUGGGGCCUGA